AUGAAAUCAUUGAUUCUAAUUGCCACAACAAAAAAUAUUGUGAGUAUUAGUAGUGUCACUGUAAAUAACGAUAACUCUGUUCUUGAUAAUACAAAGAACCCUAAUAACAUAAAUGGAGUUUCUUGUCUAAUAAACGAAACUUCAGUCAACAAAGAAACCAAAUGUGUGACAAAAGCAUCACACACUAAAUUAUCGACAACAGCGGACUUAAAUUUGAAACACACACAGAGUAAUUUGACUGUCAGUGACAAAAACGAAAGUAUAGAAAAUUCUACUAAAAAGAUUGGUUCAAUUAACGAUCUGGACGGUACUGCUUCUCCUUCUAAAGACAUUCAGUGGUCUAUCAAGUUGUCUCAAUCUGAUCCAUAUUCACAUGAUUUAGAAAAGAAAUUCAAAGUUUGUAAAACAUACCGCUGA